GCCGGGUAGACGCAUAGCUGGCACUACGCAACUUUGUGAGUUACCCUUGGGCAGGAAUAAGCCUCGCACACCUGGUACACGUGUAUACAGUAAAAGGAAGUCAUGUUUUCUGUAGUGAUUGUAAAGUUCCCUGUGUCCUUUGAUGAAGUUGCUGUGUAUUUCUCAGAAGAUGAGUGGCAAUAUCUGGAGGAUUGGCAGAAGGAUCUGUACAAAGAAGUCAUGCAGGACAAUCUAGAGGCUGUGCUUUCAUUGGAGGACUUUUUUAGGGUAAAAGAGGAAAGUGAUCCUGAUGGAUUUUCUGUCAAGCCGGAGCCAGCGGAUGAAUACGAGAUCUCUAAUGGAACAUCUUGUAUUGAGUUUGACAGCACAGCCUAUAAUAUAUUAGAGAAGUUAUCUUAUAUAUGUUCAGAAUGUAAAGAACAGGUGGACAGUUGGUCUCUCCUUAUUGCACACAAAAAACUUCACCUUCAUGCUAGAAACCAGGAGCUGGAUUCAAGUGAGAUGAUUCCAGCACGGCAGCAAAUAUACAAUAUCCAAAACUUUAUUAGUCCAUGCAAUCGUAUUGAACAGGCCUUAUAUAGUCAGACAUUGCAUCAGAAUAUGUACCCUGAGCAGAGUUUGCACUCAUACGUAAAAUGUAACAGAGGUUUUAUUGGAAGAUCUCGGCUGGAUGCCCACAUAAACCCCCACAUGAAUAUGACUAAUCUGCACUCAGGGCUGCUCCGUCAUCCAGUGGCAGAAGUAAACGGUGGACCGUUGAUAUAUGCGCAGUCUGACAAACCAUAUUCUCACCGCUCUGUUCCAAUGGAGCAUCAGAAAAACAAUGUAGCGGGCCAGUUCUAUUCUUGCAAAGAUUGUGGGAAGAGCUUCUUUAAAAAGUCCUCACUUUUUUUUCACCAGCAAACACACACCAGAGAAAAGACCUUUCCACAUACCAACUGUGUGAAAAACGGUAGCCAGAGGUUUAAGCCGGCCAUUAACCUGAGAGAACGGCCCUGUGAUAGCACCAUACAAGCCAUAUAUGAGCCAGGCUUCCUAUACAAGCCAGUUCUCUUUAAUCAUGAAAAACAAACAGAUUAUAGAAAUACUACAUCCAGUAGAAAAUUUCAUUCUAUUCCAAAAAAUGACAGUCCUAAGUAUGCUAACCCUUUGACUGUUCCUCCAUUGUCCUUGCUUCGUUCUGUCUGCCAGGAAUCUGUCAGUCAAUCAUCUCCCCCCUUUUACGUGGCUUCACCGUCUCCACCUCUGCCAUUGUUGCCUCCCUUAAUAAUCGAGAACCAGUAUAUAGAGAGAGUAGUCAAAGCAUUGCCUCAUUUAAACAACACUAUAGAUAACCAUGAAAUGAAUAGACAAUACCGAGUUACUCUUGAUCACAAUGGAGAGCAAGUGGCAAAUCCAUUUAAAUGUGGCCAGUGCAAGAGAGCUUUUUUUCACUGGAGUGAGCUAGUGGAGCACCAGAAAUCGCACAAUGAAUUACAGAAUACAUGCUGCAAGUGUAAUAAAAGCUUUAUUGGAAGGUCCACACUCCCCCAUCACCAAAAAACAUACACAAUAGAGAGACCUUAUUCAUGCAUGGCGUGUGGAAAGAGAUUUAGCCAGCGUUUCAGAUUUCUACUUCAUCAGCGUCUUCACAAAGAACAUGGCCCCUAUAAAUGUACGGAGUGCAAUAAAACCUUUCAAUAUGGAGCAGGUCUCCUCAGACAUCAGAGAUGUGUACUGUGUGUACGGAAACAAAUUGCUAGAGGUUGUCCUGUUGACGGUCUAAAAAAGGCACCAAGGCCUUCCCCAAAAAAUACCUAUGUUAAUCUUCCAUCUAGGCCUCCUGGAAUUCUUUCAUCUUUGUGUACUUCUUUGUUUUUUGGUUUGUCUAGAAGAGAAAAAAGACACCCACUGUUACAAAAUUUUCAGUGUUCUCAAUGUAAACAAAAUUUUGUUGAAUUUGCUCAACUUAGAGAACAUCAGAGAUCACACAGAGAAAGACAAAUGACCAAAGAAUAUGGUAAAACAUUCAUGAGGAGGAACAUACUCAGUCUACACCAAAGAUUACAAAGUGAGGAGAAAACAUCAGCCUACAAGGAAUGCAAAAAGCAAAGUAACCUCCAAAACACUGAGCUUCACCAGGGCAGUGAUGGUGGAGAUAGACCCCGUACACACAUCCAAUGCGAUAAACCGUUUUCGUAUGAGGAUGCGUGGAUUAAUAGUCGGAUAAAUGCAAGAUCAUUGAAAAAUCCUUCCUGUAGAUCUCAAAUAUUGAAAAUAAAGCAUCCUCCUGGCCGUAAAGCAACAUCUGACCCCCUUAUCACCAAAGUUUCUGCUGGUUUCUCUUGUCCUCUUGUCUCUAAAUCACGCAAUCUUCUGUCUCCUCCUUCCUCUUUCAUACCUGUGCUGCCCCCUCCACUCAUUCCCAUAAUCAUGGGCAGCGCAUGUUUUGAGGGCACAACUGAUUCUAGUUGGUUGAAGGAAGACAGGCUUGUUGACUUUGUUGGCAAGUCAAGUACCAAUAAUCAGAUACCACAUAUAAGCCAAACAGCAAACACAGGAGAUAAUCAGUUGAAAUGUUAUUACUGUAAAAAAUCUUUCUCUCAUUGGAUUCAGUUUAUGGAACACCAGAAAACUUGCCCAGUGGCACAAUGUAAACAUGCAGACUGUGACAAGAACGUUAAUAACACGUCUCAGCUUUUUCCUAAUCAAACAAGUCAUAGAGCAGAUAAGCCAUAUGUCUGUAUUAAAUGCAAUAAGCGGUUCAGUCAGAAGUUCAGUUUGUUUAUACAUCAGAGAAUUCACAAUAGGGAGAAGCCUUUUAAGUGUAUAAAGUGUGCCAAAUCCUUCCGGUAUCAGUCAGAUCUUCACAAUCACAACAAAUAUGGGCUUUGUUUGUAAUAGAAUGAAAUUUGGGAAUUUGAUACCUUAAAGGGAUAUGAAAUCGAAAUUUAGCCACCAAUCGGCAAUCGCUACCCAGGUGCUGAACCAAAAAUGGGCCAGUUCUUAAACUUAAAUUCCUGCUUUUCAGAUAAAGAUACCAAGAGAACGAAGGAAAAUUGAUAAUGGGAGUAAAUUAGAAAGCUGCUUAAAAUGGCAUGCUCUGUCUGAAUCAUGAAAUAAAAAAAAUUAGGUUUCAUAUCCCUUUUAAAGGGACGUUAAACAGUAAAUACAUUCUAGACAUGAGGAUGUAUUCAAAGCAAAGAUUAGCCUUAGACUAUUGUGUAGAUGCAUUUUUACAAUUAUUAGUUGUUUAAAGGACCACUCAAUGAGCUAGAAUUACAUAACUAACAAGUGCAUAAUAAAGACAAUGAUUUAACAACUACUAAUUUCAAAUAAGCAGUAAAUUCUUUUUUUUUCUUUCUGACAUUUAUUUUGUCUCCUAUUUUCCGGCCCCCUGUAUCAUGUGAUAGACAUCAGCCAAUCACAGAUUAGUAUACGUAUACCCUGUUAGCCUGUGCAUAUGCUCAGUAGGAUCUUGUUCCCCAGAAAGUGUGAAUAUAAAAAGACUGUGCACAAUUUGAUAAUGGAAGUAAAUUGGAAAGUGUCAUAAAACUGUGUAUGAUCUAUCUGAAUCAUGAAAGAAAAAAGUGUUUCAUAUCCCCUUUAAAUUACAGGAAAAAAAUAAAUAAUAAAAGUA